AUGGGUGCCGUUAUUUCUUUGCCUGUCAGUAUGGCGGGAUCGUUCGUGGCGUCCUGUUUUGGAGGCUGUUGCUCAGGUUUAGUGUCUAAGACAGCAUCUUCCUUAGGGUCUUCCUCCCUGGGGACAAGACUUCUUUAUGCUUUUUGGCUUUUGAUAAACUCACUAAUAUCAUGGAUAUCGUAUUCCGCAAACAAAUCCAUCCUCUGGCCUGGGAAAACAUGCACAGGAACUGGAGAGUGUGGGUUCUUUACUGUCCAUAGAUUGAAUUUUGCUUUGGGGUGCUUACAUUUGAUACUAGCGUCUGUACUAAUGGGCGUAAAAUCAACUAAUGAUGUGAGAGCAGCAUUUCAAAAUUCAUGGUGGAGUUUAAAAUUUAUAUUGUAUUUAUGUCUCAUUGUCCUAUCAUUUGUUAUUCCUAAUGACUUCUAUAUUUUCUUUUCCAAAUGGGUAUCGGUUCCCAGUGGGGCGAUUUUCAUUCUAGUUGGCCUUAUAUUAUUGGUAGACUUUGCUCAUGAAUGGGCUGAAACAUGUAUUAGUCACGUUGAGUCAGAAGACGAGGACUCCUCGUUUUGGCAACGAUUUUUGGUUUUAGGAACAACUUCCAUGUACACUGCGUCGAUUAUUAUGACUGUCGUUAUGUAUGUUAUGUUCUGCCAUCAACAGUGUAACAUGAAUCAAACGGCUGUAACAGUCAAUUUGAUAUUAACUGUUAUAACACUUAUUUUAUCGGUGAAUCCCAAGAUCCAAGAAGCUAAUCCUAAAAGCGGGUUGGCCCAAAGUAGUAUGGUUUCUGUUUACUGUACUUAUUUGACAAUGAGCGCCAUGUCUUCUGAACCAGAUGACAAAAUGUGCAACCCAUUGGUUAGAUCUAGUGGGACCCGUAAGUUUAGCAUUAUCUUGGGUUCAUUAUUCACUUUUGUCGCGAUCGCUUACACAACAACGAGAGCUGCGGCCAAUAGUGCAUUUCAAGGUACUAAUACCAAUGGUGCUAUAUAUCUAGGCAACGAUAUCGAGUACGAGGGGCUAGGUGGACAGACAAGAAACCAAUUAAGAUAUGAAGCAAUUAAGCAGGCUGUAGAGGAGGGAUCUCUACCAGAAAGUGCCUUGUACGAUACGGCUUGGUUAGGGACACCAUCGUCGACUGAAGGUACUAUAGAUAACCAAAAUGACGACGAAAGGACCGGAACCAAAUACAACUACACUUUAUUCCACAUUAUAUUCUUUUUGGCAACCCAGUGGAUCGCCAUCUUAUUAACCAUUAAUGUUACUCAGGAUGAUGUAGGAGAUUUUAUACCGGUAGGAAGAACAUAUUUUUAUUCUUGGGUUAAAAUUGUUAGCGCAUGGAUAUGUUAUGCACUUUACGGUUGGACAAUAGUGGCACCAGCCGUUAUGCCCGACAGGUUUGGUUACGAGAAUUACUACUAA